UCAAAUCACAGAAAAAGGGUGAUUUUAAUUUAUUAGAAAAUCCGUAGGAAAAUGUUACAUUAAUCUAACCUUUGUUUUAAAUUUUCAAACAAAUUGUGAGUUAAGUUUAUAUCAAGUUAGUGAAGUACUCUUCUAGUUUAUAAAUUGAUACAGAUUCUGGAAAUGUUAUCUUGAUCAAAUAACUAUAAUGAUUUUAGAUAUCGCCAAAAGUGAAUCUAACAGAGUUUCAUCAGCAUCAUCGUGUUCCUUUGAGUUAUUCAAUUACAGUAGCUACUUGACUGGUAGCAUUGAAAUCAGUAAAUUAAUCUUAAACAAUGAUUGUUCUGUUCAAAUUAACAUUGAAAAUGAUAUAAUAUCAAUGUCUGUACCAUCGCCACCCAAACCAGAGACAACGUUAAGUGAAGUGACAAGGCCAUGUCCAAAAGAAAUACGAAAACAGUUGAAUGAUGAGUUGACGUAUUUCUUCAAGAAUCCAAUGGACAAAUGGAGGACAACCAGAGCAUUUCCAUGGAAGUUGUUUCUCCAAUUUGCUAAAUUAAUUGUGGUUACCAUUCACAUAAUCUCAAUUGGAUUUGAAAUGUCUUCUUUUAUCAAUAAAGAUGUUGCUAUGGAAGCAACACUGCGAUCCCUCGUUUUUCAAGACUGGAACACUAACCGGGAAUUGAAUGUUUACCCUCCUCCUCAAGGACCGUAUGCUGUUUAUACCAAAGCCAAUUUUUAUGGUAAUCUUAAUUUCGUAAUUAAAUCACUGGCAACCUUGCGAGAUGAAGGAAUCAAUUUAUUUGCCUAUGACUCUAGUCAACGGGAUCAAGUUUCGCCAAUGACCUUACACAUUCACCAAUACUCAUCUUUAAAAUUGGAUCCCUUUUCAUUCAAUUAUGACAUUAAUCCUCGUGUUGUCCACCGAAAGAUACCAAUCAAAUUGGAUUUACCUGCUGGUGACACUGGAUGGGAUAAUUUUGAUCUUCGUACUUAUUUGCAAUCCCAUAAUGAGACCCUUAACUUUAAUCAAAUGAUUGAGCUUAAAUUGGUCACUUUUCUGAGAACCAUAUUUUUCCAUUCGCUGACCUCUUACUAUUAUUCACCUGCUUGUUAUACUGUUAAGGUUGAGAUUACCUAUGACAAUAGUGCUCACAGUGGCCAAAUCAAAAUGUCUCUUGCUACUGAAAGCUUUCGCCAAAAAUGCUAUGGAAAUUUAUCAACCUCUGAGACAACAAUUCUCAAUACGUAUACAUUGGUUACUUGGAUUGUCCUGUUAGUCUCGACGAUAUCAUUGUUUUUGUGCUGUCGCUCAUUGAAAUUUGCAUGGAAAUUGUACUCAGAUGUAUCUCUAGUUGCCAAAAAAUAUUACAGAACCAAAUUGACUGCCGAUGAAGCUUGGUUAUUUUUUGAUUCAGGGUUAGCCAUCAUCAUGGUCAACGAUAUAGUAUUCAUCUUGGCCUCAAUAAUCAAAUUAAGUAAUGUCAUUAAGCUUAAUGAAGAUGUCACUUCAGCCAAUCGAUUCUCGCUGCUUUACGGCUUUGGUAUACUUUUGACUUGGUGUAAUCUCCUCCGUUAUCUGAAUCUAUUUGAAAGAUUCAACAUUGUUACAAGAACAAUUCAAAGAGCAGCUGUCGAUAUAUUUAAAUUUACCCUGGUCGCCUUAAUAAUAUUCACAGGUUAUUGUUUUUCGGGUUGGAUUGUUCUUGGGCCUUAUCAUUUAAAGUUCACUACACUCAGUAAAGCAAGUGAAUGUUUAUUCUCAUUACUAAAUGCUGAUGAUAUGUUUGCCACCUUUGAAUCACUCAGAAUAGCUCCUGGUAUCAACGGCCUGAUCAUUUGGUGGUUUAGUCGACUCUAUAUAUAUUCAUUUGUUAGUUUAUUCAUUUACUUCAUUCUAAAUUUGUUUAUAACAAUAAUCAUUGAAGCACGUGAUAGUAUACAGAAUCCUCGCAGUGACAUACAUCAGAGAGAUCAACAGUCAUUUUUGAAGAAAUUCAUGAGUGAACCAGAUGAAUAACAAAGAUACUCUCGUUGAAGUAUAGAGCCAAAUGUUGGAAACCAAAUUGAUCAUCAAAUUCACCUUGGAAAAGAUCACAACAGUUUUAAAAAGCUAACAGUGUCCAAGGGUAUUGAGUGUAGAGCCAAAAAUGGAAACUUCCUAGAUCUUCUCUGAUCUGAUUUGUUAUUGCUGAGUCAAUUUUCAUAAACAGAGGCAAACUGGAAUUGCUUUUGAUGCAGAGUUAAUCAUAUUUUUUAUAAUGUAAUUAUUAUAUGAUGUAAAUCAGAAACUAUCAAAAUUAUUCGGAUCUUUUUUAUAAUUAAAUAUGCCAGUUACAUUAACUGUUUAUUUCACUGUUAA